CGACGUCGCUCCGCGCUUGCCGUCAGUACGCGCCGACUUCUGACCCGCGCGAUCGCACGCUCUACGGACUCAUAUCCACGACCGUUGUGCGCACAAUGUUUACAAUCUGCCUAGCGUUCCGGCGAAAAGAUAACAGAAAGCGACAGUGCUAAAAUAAAAGUGCCUAAUUAAAUUGUGAUCUGUGAAAAGUGAAGCGCAUUACUGUCGCGUAUGAGCAUUUUAUCUCCAGUCGUAGUGUAAAAGUGCAACGGCCGAAAUAAAGGACACGCCGUGAUGACGUUCUCUGGAAACAUGAAGGAGAGCAAGUCUCGGACCGUCAAAGACACAUGGGAGUCAGAGCUAGGCUAUGGGUGGUCUCGGAGUGGACAACGACGAUGCGCGCGUCACCGAGCACCGGAGUCAACGAUGUCGGUGGGUAGCGACAUCCGCUUCACAAGACGCAAGCUAAGCCGUUCAUGCCGGGGAUGCUGCGCUGCUAUCGCCUCGCUGUUGGUGUUACUUCUCCUGGCUGCAGUUGCUACCUACCUUGGACAUCUAUAUUUGUUCGGAGACCCAUUAAACCGACAAACAUUCCGAGGAUCAUUCAUUGUGAACUUUGGGGCAGAGAACGAGAGAGUCAAAGACCUCGAACCAAAGAGCAAUAACACCAGGGAACGAUACCUGCGACAAGCACUCUUCAAUUUAUAUCAAAACUCAGAACUCAGAUCUUGUUUUGUGAGCGAUGAAAUUCUUGCAUUGGACAGUACUGAGGACGGAAUGCGAGUGCACUUUGAAGUGUCUUUCGAGCCGAUCUUUACAGCAGUAAGCACAAGCGAGGUGAAGGCGGUGCUUGCUCGAGAGAUCAACGCUCCUGCUGGUCAUUUAAAUGUCACUGUGAUGCCAGACACCCUACACAUUGAGGAAAACUCGGCAAUAUCGUCUCUAGAGCUAAAAGAAAGUGAAAUAACUAUAGUGGAUGUUACAACAACGGAAGAGACAGUGGCAGAAGUACAGGAGGAAUUACGCGAAUGUUUGGCAGUCAGUUUGCCAUUGUGUUCCUAUCUGCCAUAUAAUUUGACUUCUUAUCCAAAUCUUGUGGGACACGCAAACAAAGAGGCACUAUUGAGGGAUCUGGUCGCCUUCAGAGAACUCCUUGAUGCGGAAUGCUCACAUCUAGCGCAGGAUUUCGUUUGUCAAAUGUUACAACCGCGAUGCGUUGAUGAUCGCCUGGUGCGGCCGUGUCGCGCUUAUUGCCGAGCUUUCCACGCGGGCUGCGGCGCCCGCUUGCCUGACAGACUACGUCCACAUUUCGAUUGCACGCGGUUUCCUAAUUAUUUUGGACCCGGCUCCUGUGCACCAGAACCAGAUUGUAGCGGAGGUCUUCAGCGUUUGGCAUUAUCGCGUCGAGCAUGUGACGGCGUGCCGGACUGCGCGGGCGCGGAGGACGAGCGCGGCUGUUCGCACUGCGGGGGCGGUGGUGGCGGCCUGCGGUGCGCACUACACGCCCGCUGCCUGCCCGCACACCUCAGAUGUGACGGCACCCCGGACUGUCCCGACGGCAGCGACGAAACUGGAUGUUUGUGGAUUUCUCGCUCAUUAGCAUCAUGGAGACGAGAAAAUGCAGAAACUACAUUAGGUGCGGUCCGCAGCCGUGCUGGUUAUGCGGUUUGGGCCGAACGUGGUCGUGACGGAAAAAUAUGCGCCGCCCCCUACGAGAACGACAAGCGAGCCCUCGCCAGCGUCGCCACAUCACUCUGUAGGGCGCUAACAUUUAGGGCAGCAUCAAGCGCAGAGGCCGUACUUGAUAGUGAAGAAGAAAUUGAAAACGAGACCACGACUGAAAAUAUUGUGAAUAAAAAGGAGACGCCGGAGUAUGUUGAAGUAGUAGAUCCCUUCGCACCUGAAAUAUCGUUCGUCAAAAGCGAAUGCCCACAGCGUAAAGUCAUUCGAGUAACUUGUGAUCAGUUAGAUUGUGGAAUUGCAUCAGCGCGAGGUGAUCGUGCUAGGAAGGGCGUGGAAGGUCUGUCUCGGUCAGCACUGCCCGGCGACUGGCCGUGGCAUGCGGCUCUAUUAAGAUCUCACAUUCAUGCGUGUGACGCUACACUUAUUCAUCCGUCGUGGCUUAUUACUACUGCGUCUUGUUUUCAAGGUCAGCCCAAAGCUGAAUGGACGGCUAGACUAGGAACUGUGAGAAUACAGAGCACUACACCAUGGCAACAAGAGCAACGUAUUGUGGGCAUGGUACGGUCGCCUGUAGAAGGAAGUAUGUUAGCGUUGCUUCGACUUGAAGAGUCCGUUGAAAUGACCGAUUUCGUACGACCACUGUGUCUGCCGGAAGAUGACUCCAGUAGCAGUAACAGUAGUGUAUGUAAUACGCUUGGUUGGACGAGGAACCGAGACCAAUUACAAAGAGUACAUGUUGUUUCUAGUCCUAUGAACACGUGUGAAAAUGUUAGUAUAGCUACCGUCAAUGGUAUCUGUGCUGAGCCUCUAUAUGACGAAGAUGACUGUGAUGAAGAAGAAUAUGCAGGCAGUUCAAUGAUGUGCUUCGAUCAGAAAAACAAACGAUGGUCAUUGACAGGUGUUAGUGGUUGGCGGAUAGCAUGUUCGAAAAUAGGACUCGGAAGACCCCGCAUCUAUGACGCCGUCGCCUCGCAUGUUGACUGGAUUCGACGAACAAUUUCUAACUCCGCAAGGUGACUGAAUUUUCAAGUCACUUGAAUUUCAACAAAGACUGCAAUGGAUAGACACCAUUAUUUCGAUCGUGUAACAGUUGUACAUGAUAAAAAUUUGUUAUUGAUGCAAAUAAUGUACUUAUUUAAUAAAAUUUUAUUAUACUGCUAUUAAUAAUUUGUUAAAAUAACAAGAUGUGGGGAUGAUCAUAAAAUAUAAUUAGUUUUUUCAGCCACAUCAAAAAGUAAAUCAACUAUGAUAUUGUGUAACAGAC